AUGCAUCAUCUCACAAAAUGUUCCAUGUCACUGUUUUUCGCAGUUUCUGUCGUAGUAUUACUGUUAACUUUUUACCGGCCUGUUACCACGAUGCGCUUAAGCCCGUUGGAUCCCAGCUCUUAUUCGAAUGCUCACGAGCUUAUCAUACGACAUGCGGAUCUGGAUUGGACGGUCAACUUUGAUAAGAGUACGAUCUCUGGUACCGCAGCUCUCCACUUCAAGUUGCUCAAACCAGAUCUGCAAGAAAUUUUCUUGGAUGUGAGCGAGAUUUCCGUUUCGUCCGUUGCGGCAAAAUCUGCCGCAGGAGAGAUUCCGUUGGACUGGGACAUCGGUAGUACGAUAGAGAACAUUGGCUCGAAGCUUACUAUCUACUUACCUACCAAGACCAGCGGAGAUCUAACUGUUGUGAUUAGUUAUGAAACUUCGCCGAAGGCAAGUGCGUUACAAUGGCUUACACCCGAGCAAACAUUCGGGAAGAAGCAUCCAUAUUUGUUCAGCCAGUGCCAAGCGAUUCAUGCUCGGUCGAUCUUGCCAUGCCAGGACACUCCGGCCGUAAAAUUCACCUACAAUGCCACCUUACAUCAUCCAAAAGAGGUUACGGGGCUCAUGAGUGCGAUCAAGGUUGAUUCUGAACAAGGAGCAUCGAAAUUCCAGCAGAAAACACCAAUUCCAAGCUACCUGCUUGCCGUUGUCGUGGGAGCGUUGGUAUCGAAACCUAUCGGACCCAUCUCAAGUGUAUGGGCAGAAAAGGAACAGAUAGAAGAAGCGGCUGAGGAAUUUUCCCAAACGGCCGAUUUUAUCGCAAAGGCAGCAGAAAUUUGUGGUCCGUACGUAUGGGAACGAUACGAUCUGUUAGUAAUGCCACCAAGCUUCCCUUUUGGAGGAAUGGAAAACCCAUGCUUGACGUUCGUCACACCCACGUUGCUAGCAGGCGACAAGUCUUUAGCAACCGUGGUAGCACAUGAGAUUGCCCACAGCUGGACGGGUAAUCUUGUAACGAAUCGAAACUUCGAGCACUUUUGGUUGAACGAAGGAUUCACCGUUUUCGUUGAGGGUAAAAUCGUUGGAAGAUUGUCCGGAAAUGCGUCACGCGAUUUUCAUGCCUUGCAUGGUUUGAGUGAGCUGUCUGAUUGCAUUAAAACACAACUGGCCGAUACACCUGAGCUUACAAAGCUCGUGGUUGACCUGUCUGAGUGUGGACCCGAUGAUGCCUUUUCAACCGUGCCGUACAUCAAGGGCUCAACGUUUUUGCGCUAUUUGGAGGAUUUGCUGGGAGGACCGGAAAAGUUUGAACCCUUCUUCCGCGCUUAUCUGAAUCGUUUCAAGUACCAAUCGGUCCUUACGAACGACUUCAAGCAUAUGCUUUACGAGUGGUUCCGUGAGGACCCAAAGAACGAGGUGCUGCUUGAGCGCAUCAAUUGGGAUUUGUGGUUGUUUGGUGAAGGAAUGCCACCAGUUAUUCCCAACUACGAUCGCUCAAUGCUGGAGGCAUGCCUAGCACAUGCUGCUCUAUGGGCCGAGAACGAUUUGGAUACCAUCAAGGCUUCUCCACUGUUGAAACAAACGCUGGUAAGCGUGCAGAUGAUCGAGUUUCUUGCCCAGCUGUUGGAGAAGAAAACUAUCGUCGAUUUGAACAGCGAGAAAAUUUCCCUGCUUGGGAAAACGUACGGACUUACUGCAACUAAGAACGCGGAGUUACGGUUCCGAUUUGUGCGUCUGUACAUUCGCGCCCGUUUGAUGGACAAAAUGGACGAAAUACUUGCAUUUGCGAAUAGUAAUUUCCGCAUGAAGUUUGUGCGCCCGAUCUACAAAGAGUUGGCAGGCUGGCCACAAGCAAAGCCAAUAGCUAUCGAGAACUAUAACCGUGUGAAAGACCAAAUGAUGACCGUUUGUGCCUACACGGUGGCAAAGGAUUUGGGAAUUUCGGAUAUCUCCGCUGCUGAAUAAAGGAGAAAGCGAAUUUUGAAGUUUUGUAUGCAAUGAUUUAAAGUCAAAUAAAGUAACAACCGGCAACUAACGUUAAA